AUGAGGCAGCUCCUUAAUCAAAUAAGCGUGGCUCAAAAUCUUGGCCUUGGACAACCAGGCGAAGUGAGAAGAAUAGACAAACGCACCGGUGGGCAGCUCAACGGGCACCAAGCGGGUCGAGCAGGAACGAGCAGACAAGGGGAUGCACAACCACGUGAUCAGCUUGCCGACAUGUCGCAAGCAUCUGCAAGCCACACACAAAGCAACGUGCGAGAAAGGCUUGGCCCACGACUUGACGUCCGUGCUCGCCUGGGCCCGCAGGGGAAUGUACUUCAAUCGGCUCCCAGGGAGAUCAAACUGACAAUCGCCGCAAUGAGGAUCGUGAAGAAAGGCGCUCCGCUGCCCACUCGCAGAGAAAUAUUCACGAAAGGCUAG